AUGACGUGUAACCCGAGCGCGCAUUCAAAUUGCAAGCGAGCAGCGUCGGCGUAUAGCCCGACUAUCGAGGACGUGUUCUCCGUCCGCCGCCUCCUCCUACACUUCGUGCCUGCCGAACUGGCCAUCUCCAUCGUCGAGCUGGCAGAGUACUGGCCCAGAGUCACGACGACGCGUGAAGCGUUCUCCGGACCGGGGGUGAUACCCACAGGAGGCAGCGACGGCGAAUGGUGCUACUCACUCUCUCCUCCCAUCCCCAGCGACCCAGAACGCGGCAUCAAACCACGACGAAUAACCUUCCACCUCGAAUGCGUGUCCGAGUGCACGUACGACAGUAUAUGUUCGACGUUCACCUUGUUCCACGCAGCCAUCAUCAAACCGCAGGACAUUUCUCAAAACAUUAUGCGGGACCCAGUGGAGGAGUAUCCCGAGCGGACGGUCCACAGCUGGAACAUCAGCAAUCCAAAACGAUGGCUCGUACAAGAUAUCGCGUUUACCUGGCCGGAAGGCAUGCGCGAACAGAUUGUUUGGGACGAAGAUGACGCCGCCGAGGGCUCCAAACAAGGACUCGACCCCCUCCUUCACAAUUUGACUUCGGGGGAUAGGAUAGCGGUCAUGGUCCGGGGACUGCGGCCUGCCUGGCCAAUGAACACCACGCCCCCACCCCAAAUCUCCUUGAACCUAGACCAAAUCCUCGCCACACAGCGCCUCCUCCUCCUCCACUUCAACCUCCCCAGCGAGCUCGUCGUCUACAUCCUCGACCUCGCCGAAUACUGGAUGAAACAAUCCACUUCCAAAACCACCGAAGAGCAUGCCAUAGUCGCACAUAAUACUAAUAAUACCAUGUCGGACAGCUCUGAACCGGCGGUGUAUGCGGAGAAGAAGUAUCUCUCUGUCCCUCCUGUGUCUGGUUUGAAAGGCUGCGGCGAGUACGACGACUCGCAGUUGUCGUUUAAACCCCGGAAGGUGAUCUUCCGGUUGAGGAGUUGCGAUCAGGGGCGAAGUGGGUUUGUCGAACUCAGAGGUGGGCAUUUACACUCCUCUCUCUGA